UAUUCAAGGCUAAAGUGACUGUUACAUAAAGUGUCUAAGCAAAAAUAUGUAUUGUUUACAAAAAUGUAUUUCUGUUGGAACUCUAUAUGGAGGAGGAGUGAACGUCUCUGGUUCUACCUCUCCCAUAUACGUAACUCUAUACAAUGAACUCUACACAGAACUUUACACAGAACUCUAUACAAUGAACUCUACACAGAACUUUACAUAGAACUCUACACAGAACUCUACAUAUAACGUUAGAACUCUACAUAGAACUCUACACAUAACUCUACACAUAACUCUACACAGAACUCUACACAGAACUCUACACAGAACUCUAUACAGAACUCUACACAGAACUCUAUACAGAACUCUACAUACUGUAUAACUACACAGAACUCUAUACAGAACUUUACAUAGAACUCUAUACAGAACUUUACAUAUAACUCUAUGGAGGAGGAGAGAACGUCUCCGGUUCUACCUCUCUCAAGAACUCUAUACAGAACUCUUUAACAUAACCUUUUCCAGGUAAACCCUCCCACCUCUUUGUGUUUCAGUCCUCCAAGUCAACAGGGGUCACCAGAGCUGCCAUGAUGAAAUCAGCCAUGAGUUCAGAGUCUGUAGACGGAGGCAGCAGUCCAGGAAGUCGUUCCCCCGCCAAUCGACCCUCCACUCCAAACAGGGACGUCAAGAAGGUGGCGGUGGUCCGAACCCCCCCCCAGGUCUCCGGUCUCUGCUCGAGGACGGACGCCCCCCCUUCCGUCUCACCCCAUGCCCGAUCUCAGCAACGUGAGGUCAAAGAUCGGAUCUACGGAGAACCUCAAACACACUCCUGGGGGGGGCAAGGUUCAGAUUCCUCAUAAGAAGUUGAAUCUUACUAGCGUGUCAUCAAAGUGCGGCUCCAAAGACAACAUCUGCCACAAACCAGGUGGAGGGAAGGUGGAUUUUAAAACCGUUCAGUCUAAAGUUGGUUCUCUGGAGAACAUCACUCAUGUGCCGGGAGGAGGGAAGAAGAAGAUUGAGAGUCAGAAACUGAGCUUCAGAGAGGGCGCCAAAGCUCGAACCGACCACGGUGCUGACAUCAUCGUGCAGCCUGACUCCUCCCCCCAAAGCCUUAACGCUGCUCAGGCUCCGCCGCUCGACACCCUGGCCGACCAGGUGUCCGCCUCCCUCGCCAAACAAGGCCUGUGAUUGGAUGACCUUGUGCCUUCAGACCCCGCCCCUUCUGUUACCAAGGAAACUACCUGAUGAAAGAAAGAAAGAAAGAAAAGAAAAAUCAUCAUUCUCCCUUUUUCCUCAUGACCUUCAUCUGAUAUUAGACAGUCAGGUUUGGAGAGAUUUUAUUAUUAGUGAUGUUGUGUUCACACCAAACACUAAGUUUGUUUAUUUGUUUCCUCCAUGUAGACACACAACAAACAAACUCUUACUGCUGUAAAUGUAAAAGAUGUGGAGUCAUUGGUUCAUUACAUCAACGCUGUAUCUCGUGAGUGUGUCGGCUGGUUCACCACGUUGGAAUGAACCCAAAUGAAGAGAUUUUGCUGUGAUUUAAUUGUAAUAAACAAAUAAAAAAGAGGCCUAAAUAACCACAUACUGAUACCAAUUUGUAAAAGGUCUAAAGUCUUUGGUUUACACACGUACAUUUAUACAUUAAAAGUCUGUUGAGACGUUUAAUAAGUUGCUCUGCAACACAUUUCUCAGCAAUUUUGGAAACGGCAGGGAGAAUACCGAUUGGCUGAUAAUUAGAGACAUCGGUUGAAUCUCCUGACUGAAAAAUGGGUGUUACUGUGGCUGAUUUCCAUCCUUUCGGAAACACGCAUUGCCUGAGAGAUUUGUUGACGAUGCUUGUGAGCGAGUGUGCCUUUGUUUCUUUAGAAAAAUAUUGUCAAUUCCAUAAACAUCUUUGGCCCCAGAGUUCUUGAGUGAGCCUAGAACUCUGGUGACAGUAGAUUCAGAGACAUCCUGAUUAGAGAAGCACGGUUGACCUUCAUUUACUGGUGUACGAUCAAAUUGACCAAUACUCGGUGGUGUACAGUAACGAAGUAGAAAUACUUCGUUACUGUACUUAACUCGUUUUUUUGGAUAUCUGUACUUUACUUUA